AUGGAUUCCACGUGGAUGCCGCCGCCGCCGCCGCUCUUCCUCCUCCUCCUCUUUUGGGCCGCCUUUGCGGGCUCGCCCCAUCAGGCCGAAGGUGUAUGUGUCUAUCGUGGCUCAUCAUUUGAGAACAACACCGUCUGGAAGCCGGACUCAUGCCAAGAGUGUCGUUGCCAUGGCGACUUUACCCUGUGCGACGCCGUUGUUUGCAAAAACCCACGGUGCAACGUCCGGAAGGGAGAAGUGCUUCACAUUGCCCCCAAUGCUUGCUGCCCUAAAUGUGUUUCCCAAACAGAGGGAUUUUGUGAGCAUGAAGGACGAGUCCAUGAACAUGGUACCGAAUGGGCUGGCAGUGGAUGUACAACCUGCUCUUGCGUCAAUGGGAAAGUGGUUUGUGCCCCCAAGCCUUGCCCAGUCAUUUCUUGUGAGAGGGGUGAAGUGGUGGCCCAAGGAGCAUGCUGCCCUCAAUGUGCUGGCAGUGGAGAGGCCUGCUCUUUUGAUGGCCAAACGUUCCAGGAUCAUGAGGAGUGGCGCCCCAGCCGUUGUGCCAAGUGUGUUUGUCAGAAUGGGACUGCGGAGUGUUUUACUGCAUCUUGUCAGCCUCUUAUAUGCAACGAGGGUGAAAAUCCAGUUGUGCCUGCUGGAAAAUGCUGCCCGGAAUGUGUUCCAAAAUCCUGCUCCGUCUCCAGGAGAGCAUAUGAG